UGACGUCCAUUUCGUUUGGGCGGAGCUAGUUAGAGAGACUACUGACACGUAAGGAUCUUGCAUUAAUUUUAAGGAAGAAGCAACAUCGUUUAGGUUUAUUUACGUAUCUGGCUUGAUGUAUUGGCCGUAAGACAUCCAUACAUUUGGUCAGUUGUAGGCGACUCAGGACUGACAACAGCCGACCCGUAAAAUGAGAUUUUCAAUGUUUAUAUCUCUGUUGCGGCCCAUCGGCCCAGUCAUCGUCGGUAUCUCUUUGGGAUUUACCUUGAGUUUACUUAGUGUGAAUUGGGUAGAAGAAUCUUGCGUUCUCGAUGCUAAAUCAAGUGGUGAACUCCAUUUAGUCCAAGAUGUUAAUCUUAAAGGUGCCAGAAAACCGAACUCGAUCUCCACGGCCAACGAUUGGGAACACAGGGAAGACUUCGAGCCAAGAAUUGUUCCAUAUAAACCAGUUCAACAAAGCCAACCAAAGAAACUUUUUAGGGCCAAGUACAUUAGCACAGAGCUGGGGAUCCGUGAGCGUCUGUUCGUCGGGGUCUUGACGUCCAAGAACACCAUCAACACCCUGGGUGUGGCUGUAAACCGCACCAUCAGCCACCACCUGGACACAGUGGUCUUCUUUACGGGCACACGCAACCGCAAAGUUCCCCAUGGAAUGUUCGUUGUCACCCACGGUGACGAGAGGCUUAUAUGGAACAUGUUCCAGACCAUCAAGUACAUCCUAGAGCACUACAUCAACGAGUACGACUGGUUCUAUCUCGUCCAGGACGACACCUACACUGAGGCAGACCGGGUCAAAGCCCUGGUGGGGCACCUGAGCAUGGACCAGGAGCUGUACAUGGGGAGCCCAGAGGAGUUCAUCGGCGGGGAGAUGGAGGGGAGGUACUGCUAUGGGGGGUUUGGAUACCUCCUCUCCCGAACCCUGUUGCUCCGGCUCAAGCCCUUCCUGGAGAACUGUCGUAACGACAUCCAGAGCUCCAGGCCUGAUGAGUGGCUAGGGAGAUGCCUCAUUGACUACGCCAACACCAACUGUGUUGAUGAACACGAGGGUCUGCAGUAUGACCAUUACGAACUGGGCAAGAAUGCUGAUCCAAGUACAGAGGAGAACGUGCAGUUCAAAAAUGCCUUAACCGUUCACCCAGUGUCUGACCCAGAGCAGAUGUACCGGCUGCACAGACACUUCACUGAGAUAGAACUUCGGAGGACGUACGACGAGAUCACCAAGCUGCAGGCCGAGAUCAAGAAUGUGAGUAAGGUUGCAUUCGAUGGAAACCGGAGUUCCCAGUGGCCAGUGGGGAUCAGCCCUCCCUUUGAGCCCAAGUCUCGGUUUGAGGUUCUCAGGUGGGACUACUUUACAGAGGAGCAGAUCUACUCCUGCAUCGACGGUUCCCCCAAGUGCGAGCUGCGUGGGGUUGACCGCCUAGAUGUGGCGGAUGUCAUUGAUGUGGCAAUGGGGGAGCUGAACAAGAAGUACAAGCCGGUCCUCCAUCUGAAGAAGCAGCAUCUCGUCAAUGGCUACAGGCGCUUCGAUCCGACCCGAGGAAUGGAGUACACUCUGGACCUGCAGCUGGAGGUGGUCAACCAGAAAGGCCGUAGCAGAUCCAUCACCAAAAGGGUCCAUCUGGUGCGUCCCCUGAGCCGUAUUGAAAUCAUCCCCAUGCCCUAUGUCACGGAGGCUACUAGGAUCCACAUCAUCUUACCUUUGAACCUUCAGGGCCGAAACUACGUCAACCAUUUCCUGGAAGUGUUUGCCUCGAAUGCCUUCGAGACCAGCGAAAACACCAUCCUAACGUUCUUGUUUAUCUAUGACCCACUAGAGGCCCAGCAGGUCAACCAGAACGACAUAUUUGCAGGCGUGAAGGCCCAGAUCAAUGCCUAUGAACACAAGUACCCCACAGUGAAGAUCCCAUGGAUCAGUGUGAAGACAGAAACCCCUUCCCAGAUCAAGUUCAUGGACAUAAUCUCCAAGAAGCACCCGGUGGACACUCUGUUCUUCAUCGCGAACGUCAACACCAAUGUCAAUGCUGAGUUCCUCAACCGUUGCCGAAUGAACUCCAUCAACAACUGGCAGGUGUUCUUCCCCAUUCACUUCCAGGACUACAACCCGGACCUGGCCUACCACAACACGCAGCCCCCAGCCACCAUUGACGUGGUGAAGGACGCAGGCCUCUUCGACCGCAGCUCCUUCGAGGAAGCCUGCUUCUACAACUCUGACUACAUGACAACACGGACACACAUGGCCGCCGAUGUGCAGGAGAAUGAGGAGAUCCUGGAAACCCUGGAUAUCUAUGACAUGUUCGUCAAGUACUCAGUCCUGCACGUGUUCAGGGCGGUGGAACCCGCCUUGCACCAGCAGUACCGAUACCAGGCCUGCAACCCGAGGCUCAGUGAAGACAUCUACCACAGGUGUGUCCAGAGCAACCUGGUCAGCAUGGGGUCACGGUCACAGCUUGCCAUGCUGUUGUUUGAACAAGAGCAAGGGAAUAGCACUUGAGCCUAUUCCUGAAACUCUUGAUAAACUCCCAAGUGUACAUGUGUGAGUUUAUAUGUGCAAAUUAAAGUGUGUAUAAAAUCAGAUGCAAUACAUUCCUAAAGAAACCUUUUUUGCUAAAUGUUUACAGUGCAAAUGUGCUGUCCAUAUCAGAGAGAUGUUGGAACCAAAUGUGUGCAUGAUUCCACAUUAUCGAGCGAGGAGCCUAAGCUUUGUUAUGACAGGUCACCUUUGACAUGGUUGUUUUACACUACAAAGAUUCCUUAGGCAAUGUGAUUCUUAAGGGUAUGGCUUUAAGAUGUACAGCUUUUGAUACUUGCCUGUUUGUAAGUUAAGUAAGCCAGUUAAGUAAUCUCUUACCAAAGCACAUUUCUGUAGAUAUGCCUUCAAUAUGAUCACUCUGUCACGCCUUCAUAUUUAUAGUUAUAUUGUCAUAAUUAAACAUUUCAUAAUUGAUACAUAUGUCAAUAGUUGCACAGAAUAUUAAAAGUUAAAACAAUUGUUAUCAUAUUUUUCCUUACAUUUCCCACACUAUAUGCAGUUUUACUUUUCAAUCAGACAUAUUAUUUAACAUCAAACCCUUUUUUAUUAUGCAGUGAGAGAUUAAUCAUUUUGAAAUGGUACUAUGUUGGUAGCAUGUUGUAAUUUUAGCACUGACAUGUUGAAGGGAUUAUUAUAUUAUACGAAAAGUUGUUACCAUAGCAAGGUCCACAUAUGACCUUCAGAAUUUAGAAUAGACUGUCUGGACAAGUCUUGUAUAUCGCUGAAGGUCAAGUUUGUGGUGCUAACCGAGCACAUAGAUGUGGUCAUAGAUAUUCUACCAGUAUAGUCCUAGUGAUUACGCAAAAGAAAGGACUUGUUGACAAUAAACCAUAAUAAAUAUUUAUUUAAAUAAAUAUUUGAACAUGGUUGAAAUUUUGUAUGUAGGCUAGUUUAAUAAUGUAUACAUUACAUGAAUGUUAUCUGUCCAGAACAACCAAAGGAAUAGGAUAUUCCUCAUGUCCUAUGUCAUAAAUGUCUUUGCCAUGACCACUUUCUUCCAAACUUUUCAUCCAAUUUACAUUUGAACCCAUAAAAUGUUAAAAUUGUUACAUAGAAUGGGUUGUGGGCACGUGUGUAAAUGUAUUCCAUGCAACCAACAGCUCUGCAUUAUUUCAGUGUUGUCCAGACAGAUGCCUUCAGGGGAGUGGAUGUAGCUGGUACUAGAUGUUUUAAGCAAGUAUGUGCAAUAUUGUAUAGAUGAUGAUGAUGGUGAAAUCGGAUAAAUGUCCAAUUGAGGACAGGGCUAAUUUCAAAAUGUAUAGCAAGUAUAGUAACAUGAUAAAUAUUUAUCAAAUGAUUACAAUAGCAAUGUACUCUGUCACUCAAUGCUGACUGUGACAUGGCCUACAUUAAAACUAAACUCGCAAUGACCGUUUUGUUUUGUGUUAAUUGAUACACUUGAAUACACUGUAAAUGUAUUUGAUUCAAACAAUAUUGUAUUUUGUUGAGAAAAACACUAAAUACUUUUAAUCUUUCAUGAAAUGAAUGCAAAUAUAUAAAUUACUCUUAUCAGCCUAUAUUGUAUAAGUGUAAUUGCAUACAGAUUUCUGUAUGUUUAUGUUCAUAAUUUCACUAAAACCGAAUGAGAUUACAUUAUGCAAAUUGAGAGCAGAAACUCAAAUAGAUUGCCGCAGUAUUCCCAGUGUGUAUGUAGGAUAUAUAUGAAUAUAUAUGUUCUAAGUGUACUACGCUCUGGAUUUAACUUUUUGUUUGUUAAGUUUGACUGGUAGUAUUUUACUACCAGUAGAAUUCCAAUAUGGGAUUCAUUUAUGAAUCAUCCAUUUGAAAUGUGCAGCGUAUCACAAUGCAUUUCCAAUUAUAGUGUUAAUGAUGGCCAUUACUCGUCGACCUUGACAGUUUGUAAAUUAAAUGUGUAUCUUUCUUUUUUAAAGCAGCCAAACUAAGACUGUACAGGCUGAAUAGGUCCUGUUUCUUGUAUCAACGAGAAACAUUUACUGGUUCCUUUUGUGCUUCAAAAGUUAGAGUUACGAGGCAUAAAGAGUAACGUAUAAAUCUUGAACAUGCAUAUAACAUUAAAUUAUAAAUGAAAAAUUAACUGUGACUUAUUGUAAAUAUAAAAUAAACCAAAUUUAAUUAUGAA